UUGCGUGUCAGUGGAAACCCGCACAUUCUUUGUGCUGCAUAGUCCCGCAGCUGAAACCGCAAUAAAUCACCAGAGAGACGUGGGCGGUUCUUUCUCUGCAGCGGAAUAGAGCGAGGCAGAAGGGGGGCAGUCCGCCUCAGUCCGCCGGAGGGACCGCACUCUGACCCGCAUCAGUCCUUCGGAGGGACCGCACUCUGACCCGCAUCAGGACGUGGAUUUACCCGGGACCAGCCAGUGGAGAUCCGCGGAGUCUCUCCUGUCGUGAGUCUUAAAGUCUAUGAACGGUGAACAAAGUUUCGUUGCCGAGUCAGUCUGAAUGUCUCCAUGAAUCCAACAUGAACAGUCUGCAAGAAAGCCACGAACCUCCUCCACUGUGUUAGAACCCGAGAACCGGAUCCACGUUCUUGUUCCCAUCACUUCAUCUCUGACUCUUCAUCACUUCAUCUCACAGCAGGUCUGUCAGACUGGACCUUUCCCGGUGUUCUGAACAUGAGCAGAACCGAACACUGAAUCCGUGAACACACCACAGGUGUGAAGUCGACCACCAUGAGUCUGAACGGCAACGACCUCACUGAGCUCAUGGAGGUGUGGGAGGAACUAAACCUGACCACUGGCGACCACGACAACCUAUCCCACGUGGAGAUGCUGCUGUGUUCAGGCACCGUCAGCCACACCGUCUUCCUGCACAUCCUCUCUGUCCUCUAUAUCUUCAUCUUCCUGGUGGGCUUUGCCGCCAACGCCCUGGUGGUCUGGGUCAACCUGCACUCCGACAGGAAUCGCUAUGAGACGCACCUGUACAUCCUGAACCUGGCCGUGGCCGACCUGUGCGUCGUGGCCACGCUGCCGGUCUGGGUGACCUCGCUGCUGCAGGGCGGUCACUGGCCCUUCGGAGAGGUUGUCUGUAAACUCACUCACCUAGUCUUCAGCAUGAACCUCUUCAGCAGCAUCUUCUUCCUCACCUGCAUGAGUGUGGACCGCUACCUGUCCGUCAGCUUUUUCACCGAUGCUCCCAGUAGCCACAGGAAGAAGGUGGUGCGACGAUUGAUCUGCAUCCUGGUUUGGCUGCUAGCGCUGGCAGCCUCCGUCCCUGACACCUACUUCCUGCAGGCGGUCAGGUCUGCGCACUAUAAUGGUACCGUGUGUCGCCCGGUGUACCCGUCCGACAACCCUCGAGCAUGGAUGGUGGGUGUCCAGCUGAGCUUUAUCGUGCUCGGCUUUGCUGUCCCUUCCCCCAUCAUCGCCAUCUUCUACCUGCUCCUGGCAGCAGUGAUCCCCCCCAGCUCGGACCAGGAGUGCCGCAUCAGCCGCCGGAUCAUCCUCGCCUACAUCGUGGUGUUCCUGGUGUGCUGGCUGCCGUUCCAUGCCAUUCUCCUGCUGGACACGCUGUCGCUGCUCAACCUCAUUCCCUUCAGCUGCCAGUUAGAGAACUUCCUGGACGUGGCGCUGCACCUGACACAGUGUUUCUCGCUGGUCCACUGCUGCAUCAACCCUGUCCUGUACAACUUCCUCAACAGUAACUAUCGCUAUGACCUCAUGAAGGCCUUCAUCUUCAAGUACUCUACCAAGACGGGGCUCGCCAGACUCAUCGAUGGCUCGCACACCUCCGAGACUGAACACUCAGGAGUGGCGAUAGACAACAGUGUCCCAAUGUGAACUCGUCUUCAGACUCUCAGACACUUUGAGAGACAAGGUGGUAGUGUUCCAGUCUGAAGUCUGUUUCUGGUGGCUGCGACCUUUACAUGAGCACCACCAGCUAUGGUGCCUUGGUGGUCAGACACCCUCAUGGUUUGGGUCGCUAUGAUGGACAAUAGUCUCCAUAUGUGAAGACCUCUGAAGACUUCUUGUUGGCAGAAACUGUUUUACCUGUCAAACCACAAUAGAGCUGAUCAAUGAUCAGUUUGUUUUUUUGUCCUGGUGACUUUGCAGAUGCUGAAGACAUUUUGUCCCUAAAAAAAAUACUGACAAUGACUGUGAGAUGAACCUGAACCAUUAAAACUAGACCAAAAGAAAGCACUCAGUACAACUUUACAGUACUUGUACUUUGAGUAUUUCUAUUUUAUGCUCCUUUCUGUCUACUGCACGACAUCUCAGAUAUACUUCUUGGCAGCUUUAGCUACAUAUGUUGUUUAUGUUUUACUAUGAAAGAUUAAACUUCAUGCACAAACCACGUGGAGUUUAUAAAAUAUGUUUUACUGUUAAACUCCACUUCCUCUGAUUUGAGCAUGGCACAUGCAAUGUCAAAUUCAUCAACAAUAAAUAUAAGAAUGAAUAUUUAUACUUUGCAAAUCUGCCAUAUUUAAUUCUUUGCAGGAAAUUUUAUUUGGAGCCCAAAAAACACAAAGUUUAGUUCUCACUGUCAAACCUGAUGCAGGAAAGAAAUGUUCAAGGAUCCUUGGAGUAGCUUCAAGGACAUAUCUGAUAAUUUAUUUUGUAAUUUGUGUGGCUCCAAACUUAAAUCUGCGUAAAUGAACAUGUUUCUCAUCAGGACUGCUUAUAUAUUAUACAACAUAUGUAUGUAUGUACAGCACAUG